AUGCUCGAGCCACCCCCUCCACCACCGCGCCACCCGUCAACUCGAGCGGCCACCCCUCCACCUCGCUCGCCCGCAGUCCCGCCUCGUCCUCGACCACCGCCCUCGGCCACCGAUCAGCCUCGCCAGGACCACCUCGAGCAGCCCGACCAGGCCCCACGAGCCGCCACCACCUCGGCUGAGCCCGUCGUCGAAGUCGAGCACCCGUCGCCGACUGCGCAUGAUGCUGUCGACCAACACGCUCGGCCGCGGCCCGCCGACCCCAACGACGGCCCCGCCAUGGUUCCGCCUCGCCACCCCAAGACGGCCCGGUUCUCGUCCCCGCUUCCCUCGCCUCGCCUGUCGCCCCCGCCCUCGCCUCCACCGCUGCGAGGAGGAGGAGGCACCCUCUCGGCCACCGAGCGCAAGCUGCGCGACCUCGAGGACCAGGACACGCUCGACCUCCUCGAGCGCGUCGCAGACCAGCUCACCGACGUCCGCCUCGCCGGUCAAGACCGCGGCGACAUCGUCUACCCGGCCAAGGCCGACUUUGUCGACGACGACGGCCGCAUCGACUGGCUCGGCUACGGCCUCGCCUACGCCGCAACCGCCGCGCUCGACUACACCCCGCCCGGGCUCGUCGCACCCCCACCGCCUUCGACCUUCUCGUUCCGCGCCCUGCGCUCCGACCUCGAGCGCCUGUACGUCCUGUGCCCGCCACGCGUGUGGCAGCGCUUCCUGUUCGGCACGUUCUCGUCCCUGUGGCGCUGGGAGGACCCGCGCCGCACCGCGACCUGGCUCGCGGCCUACCUCGCCCUGUGCCUGUUCGACCUCGUCCUCGUCGUCCCCUUUGCCCUCCUCGUCCUGUACCUCGUCAAGGCCCACUGGUUCCCUCCCUCGACCGACGAGCUCCUCGCGCGCGCCGCCGACCGCCGCAGCCGCACGCGCGACGCCGCAGAGCUCGGCCAGCAGCUCAGCGCGAGCAGCCGGUUCGGCCUCCUCGCCGGCGAGGGCGUCCGCGGACUGUGGACCGAGGUCCGCGAGCGCCUCUCGCGCGACGACGGCGGCGACGAGGCGGCCAAGACGCUCGCGGCGGCGCUCGGGCCCGGCGCGGCACUCGGCGGCGGUAUCGCCGGCGGGGCAAGCGCCGAGCCCCUCCUGCGACAGCGCCGUCGCGCCGAGUCGAGUGCGCAAGGGUCGGCGCUCGCGCGAGGGCUCGGGUCGAGCGCGGGCGUGCUCGGCGCGGCGGGCGCGCCGACCCAGGUGCGGCUCGACGAGCUGCGGCCGGACGACGCGGCCGAGUCGCCUGCAGGCGCGAGUGCGGGCGAGGUCGAGGACCUGGAGUACGACCCGGCGAGGGGCGGGCCGCAGGGCGACGGCGAGCUGAGCCUGUACCGCCUCGUGCGGCACUUGGUCAGCCUGCUCGGCCCGCAGGCCAUGAUCUGGUGCGCAGAAGGCGCCGACGUCGUCGAGAUGGUCAAGAACGUCCUCAUCCACCCGGACCAUCCCGCGUCUCGCGCCGUCGCGCUUCGUUUCGCCUUUAUGUGCAUCGUCCUCCUCGUGACGCCGACCUGGGUCGUCUACAAGAGCAUCUGGCUGUUCCUCGGUCUCGAGGUCUUCGUCCUGUGGCGCGUCCGCGAGCUGUACCCCGAUUGGCGCCGCGCCACCAUCUCGUACUGGUGGCUCCUCAACGGCGCACCGACCGACGUCGAGUACGCCCUCUUCGUCCUCCGCCAGCGCAGCCUCACCGACCGCCCGCUCAAGGGUGCCAAGACGCUCCGCCGGUCGCGCGCAUCGUCAUCGGCGACGUCGGUCAAGUCGGCGUCGGGCGCAGCCGCAGCCGCAGCCGACCAGGGCAGCACGCGCGCCGUCGCUCGCAGGGCUGGGAGGGCGCUCCUUCGACGGGCGAACGGAGCGGCGGGCGAGGAGGUCCUGCUCGCCAACGGCGAGAGCGAGGCCGUCUUGAGCUCCUACUUCGCCAUGCAUGUCUCGGCGCCCGGGUUCCUGCGCCUCUCGCGCUCGACCAUCCUCUUCACGCCGUCUCGCCGCCUCAAGCGCCUCGGCAAGCUCGCGUCGCGCUUCACGGGCGCCGACCCGGACCCGGACCCGGACCUCGUCCUCGACCUCGACGACGACGCGUCGUUCGCGUCGGGCGGGACGGGCUCGACGGCGACGGCGCGGCAGCAGGGCGAGGUGCAGAUCGCCGUCGACGAGAUUGCGAGCGUGCGCAAGGAGACGCGCAUGAGGGCGUUCGAGGGCCUGGUCGUCACGACCCGCGAGGGCAAGGUGUGGCGCUUCGCCAAUGUCGCUCGGCGCGACGCGGCGUUCAACAAGCUCCUGUCGCUCUCGUCGGCGAGGUGGGAGCAGGCGUGAGGCUUCUCUCCCUCUGUAGCAACUCCUCUGUCUAGACUUGCAUCCUGUAGCGAUACUCGCGCC